AUGGACGAAGAUAAAUUGUUAUUCAUUAUCACCAUCUUCAUUGGCAAACUCCAGCAUUAUCACCAUCUUCAUUGGCAAACUCCAGUAUUAUCACCAUCUUCAUUAGCAAACUCUCGCUCCAAGGUGUCUUGGGCUCGCUCGCUAAGUGUUGCCUCCAGCAGCCUUGACAGUAAUCGCCGCUCCGAGUUCGAUUCCGACUCCAAGGACUUUUCUGACUUCAUUGGUGUUUACGAGUUCCUGAGUCUGCGUAGAGCCAAUGAUCUGAGGGUGUUCACGUUCUCCGAGCUCAAAUCGGCCACCAGAGGGUUCAGUAUGGCAUUGUUGUUUGGGGAGGGAGGUUUUGGCUGCGUUUACAGAGGAGUUGUUAAGGUUUCGGGGUCGGAUGUUGAGAUUGACGACAGGACGACAACGAAGAUGCCCUUCCCUCAUCCAAAUCUUGUGAAGCUAGUUGGAUAUUGUGCGGAAGAUGAUGAAAGAAGGAUUCAGAGACUUUUGGACUACGAGCUCAUUUAUUUUCUUUCUCUUUGUACGUUGGUAUUUUUAUUCUUCAAUGUUUCACCUUUAUCUCGCUUCCAUCGAGACAACCUGUUCAACAACACAAUUACAUAUCCAAAUGAGACAUGUCGGAAUCAAGGUGCCUCGAUCUUCUGCCCAAAUGUCUCACUCCAUUUCUGACCGCCAUUUGUUUCCGUAACUGUGCGCCUUCAUGAAUGAGCCACAUUUGUGGUAUGGAACCAUUGUUGAAGCUCUACAAAUUAGAGCAAAUUUUGGUAGAUAAGGUUAAGGGGUGUAUUGUUCCUUUAGCUUUUUAAUAAACUUGCAUUCUUGUA